AUGAAUUGCCAAACUCCAAAAUAUAAAAUAGAUAAUCUUAUAUUGAACUACUUCAUCCAGGAAGGGUAUCAAGAAGCGGCGAUUAGUUUCGCUAAAGAAACUGGGGUCUCGUUGGGAAUACUGGAAGAUAAUGCGGGACAGUCUCCUUCUAAUCCAUUAGCAAGACAACUUGGUUCUAUUGGUAGUAUUAGUGAUUCCCAAUUCUCAGAGUUAAUUGAUAAUUACUUUGAAGAAGAACGAGUGAAGCCAAUUCACCAGAACAAAGAUGUUGGCUUGAGAACAAAUGGAAAGCAAAUCUUAAGUGGAUACUCCACCAUUAAUCAUAGAAAGGAGAUCAAGUUACUUAUUUUAAAGGGCUCGAUUACUGAAGCCAUUAGCAAGAUAGGAGAAUAUUUUCCAAGUAUAUUGGAUUCUAAUAACUUACUUUAUUUCAAGCUAUUAAGACUUAAUUUAAUUGAAAUGAUUCGAAAUCAUAAACUUGAUCAAGAUAUUUCUAAUGAGAAGGAAAAGCAAUUUCUUAACGAUAUAUUAACAUUUGUGAGAGAGAAUCUAGUCAAUAAGGUGAUACAUCUGUCUAAACUAUUAAAGGAAUUAGAAAUCACCAUGAGUUUACUUUGUUUCAAUUUUGAUCCAAAGAUCAAAAAUAUUGAAGAUCAAAAAGAUUUACCUGAAGAAUUAAGACAUUUAUUUAAUCUUUCACUAAGAAACAAGUGUUAUGGAUUAGUGAAUAAGGCUAUAUUGAAUUUGAAUCGGGAAGAAAAUUUUAGGGAUAGAAAAUAUACGAGUGGGGUACAGUUUGAUAUUAAUCUGAUUCAAUGUCACAAGGAGGGCAAAAGUCAAAGUCCAUCUGGAAACCAAAAUUCCCUUAAUGAUAUUUAUAUUACAAACGAAUAUGACAUAUUAACGGGGGAUGAAGAUCUGAGUAACUAUUCUAAUACUAAUGAAGAUCAAUUGACAAAGUUACAGGAUUUAACAUUAGAAUCAAAAUUGGAAAAGAUCAUUAAACUAUGGACUAUAACAGAACAAAGAUUGGUUGAUUUGAAUAUUAUUAAGGGGAAAAGAUAUUUACUUAAUGAUGACUAA